CUUCUCAAGCUAGGUUGAUUCAGACCCAACUACAACUCGCCUCUUUGAAAAAGGGCGUAGAUUUUAUUUAGCUGGUUCUGGACCAAAUUAUGAUGCCUUGGUUACAACUGUAACUGCUCGCAUGGAACUCGUCUCCACUGAGGUACUACUUGGUCAUCUUCUUGCGCAUGAAUCUCGACUGCAGCAUCAUGCAGACAAUGUUGCUUUGUUCUCUUCGCAUGAACCAUCAGCAAACUACUAUGCUCGAGGUUCCUCUGGUCGCAAUCGUGGUGUCCGCGGACGCCAUAAUGGCAACAUAAAUUGUGAAGGUCGAACACAUAGCAAUCGUGGUCGCAGUACCUCUGGAUACUCAGGUAAUCCCUUCCCUGUUUCUUCCAUCAAUUUCACUAACAAUCGACCGGUCUGCCAAGUGUGUAACAGAAUGGGUCACAUUGUUCUUACAUGCCUCUAUCACUUCAAUCAAGCAUACACAGCUUCAGCUCCUCCUUUAGCCGACUAUAGUUCAUCUACUCCAUCCUUUGAUGGUGCCUGGUAUUCAGACACUGCAACUACAAACCAUGUUACAAGCGAGUUAGCAAAUAUGAAUUUACAGAUUGUCGAACAUUAUGGUGAUUAACAACUCAGAGUUGGUGAUGGAUCUCAAGCACAAAUUUCUC